AUGCCAGCCAUACGCGGACAAGACUCCAAGAAGAAGACACGUCGACACACGCGCGACCUCGACCAGAUCCACGCCGACCUGCGCGACGAGAAGCACCUCGCAGAAUUCAAGGAUGCGAAGCCCAUAGAAGAUUUGCCCGGCCUGGGCGAAUUCUACUGCAAGGAAUGCGCAAAGUUUUUUGAGAGCGACGCCAACUUUGUCGCACACCAGAAGGGCAAGGUCCACAAGCGCAGAGUCAAGCAACUUCGCGAAGAGCCCUACUCGCAGAAAGAAGCAGAGGCAGCGAUAGGCCUUACGACCAACAACGGAACGCGCACAACCACCGCGACAGCCCCGAUGGAGGUUGACCAGGUUGCAGCAUCAGGUUGA